AUCGCGCCGCCGAGCUCAAUUGCACCUCCUCCUAGGGCACACAUACCCAAUACGCACAUGAGAACGCCGCCACCACCAGAGAGCAGACCAACCUUCGAAUCACCGCCUCAUACAGCCUCAGUGUCUCCAAUCUCAGUGAGAAAUUCCUCUUCAAAAAUUCCAGAUCCUCGGACACAAUCACCGGCUGUGUCAUUGCAAGAUGGACAGUGGACGAGAGCUGCCUCGUCCAGUCCAGAUCCCAACCGCGCAGCUUCUCCUGCAUUCUCUACGAGUGCCACUCUGGUGCGAGCAAAUAGUUCAGCGACCCAAGGCCUCUCAAGAUCACCAGAUGAAGAAAUCCCCAUGCGGUCCAUGUUCCCUGUCUACGACCCAACCGUGCCGCUACCUCAGCAGCAAUACAAGCCGACUCAGGCCUCGCCUACCCACAUUCCGAGGACCCAGAUCAGCAGAUCUCCCUAUUCACCAACAUUCUACGUUCCGCACAGCAACGUUGCCAGCGACGGGAACAAGAGUCCUCCCCCAAAACCCUUCUUCACCCCUUCCCAUCUCCUCGACAAUCUCUGGGUAGCGUGCAAUGGCCAGGAAGCGCCAGCCGUUCAGCUCUACACUCUUCGAAUGCACCGGCCAUCCGAGGCCAACCCGACCGUCACCUUCGGAACCACUCCGUCACUCCCAUUCUACAGCCUAGCACAGUCAAACCUGGCCGGCCAACAUGAGGUCCAAAGCAUCAUGAAUGAACUCCUAAUCCAGCGACACCACCCCACUCAACCACGCGUCCUCCCCAUCGCUCAACUCGACCUCAUUUGCCCGCCCUCGCUCGACCACCAAGGCUUCGAUCCUCACCAGCAAGAGCCCGCCACCCUCCUCACGAGCAUCUACCCAAAGCUUGCCGCUCUCGCCGCGCUGGAUGCCGCCGCAAACUCUCCCGCAGCAUCCCACAUCGCCCUCGCCGACCCAAACGCCACCUCCCCAGCGGCCCAACGUCUCGCAGAAGACGUCCUCAUGGAGGCUGCACAGCGCGAAUGCUGCGCUCUCGUUUGGACCCGGGAGACUCUCGAACAACCUACCAACCCCUGGGCGCGCCACAUGCCGUCCGAAGGAUCCUACCAGCUCCACCACCCAACACUAGGCACCUUUCCCAUCAAGAUCGAAGGCGACUGCUCCGGAAUCAACAAACCCUCCACCCGCCCCGUAACCGCCAUGUACGCACACAACAUGCCCUCGACACCCCCCAUAGCAGGCAACGGUCAGAAACCCGCCUCCAUCGCCGUCCUAAACCCCUACAUCCUCUCCCCCACCUCUCCGCGCGCCAACAACGCCUUCUCCGCCGGUCUCCCUUCCCCCGUUCCGCGAUUCGGCCCCGGUUCAGACAAUCGCCCAAACUCCAUGACGCCCUCGGUAAUGGACAUCACGCAGCUCGCCACGGCCACCGACGCCAGCGCCGACGACGCCGUGCUGGCCCGUCUGGACUUUGUGUCGGACUCGCUCACGCUCAACCUGGGGGCGCUGACGCGUUUCGGCAACCCGUUCCUCGUGGACGUGGUGGCGAGCGCGAUCCUGGCUGUUGCUGUUGCGGAGGCGAAGCGCGGGAGGGGCAAGAAGGGUAGUAGGGCCGGGAGCGUGGAGGCGUUUGAGGCGCCGCCGGAUUCGAGGGAGGUGUUGGCGAGGAGGAAGGAGGAGGCCGGUGUGAGUGAUCGGGAGGCGUUUACGAAGGGGUUUCUGGAGGGGUGGAAUGGGUGGGGUGGGAAGGCGAGGAGUCCGUUGAAGGGGAAGGGG